AUGGUAGAUGACCAAACGAAUUUGGCUCAUAACCUCGUCAAACACGUUGGAUUCACCCAGACUCCAUUCGUAGAAGGGUCUGUUGUAACGCAGAAGAAAAGUGCGCACAACACCACCCAGGACAUUGAGCAUCUAAUGAUCUUGGUCAUGACGGAAAUGUUAUCUAUGUACGACUGGCCUACUGCAUCUUUGACAGGCUCUGCAGCUCACGAUUUUCUGCUUUCGAAAGGACACAAACAGGGGAAAAGCGCAAUUUCGCGAUUGAAAAUGGAUAUUGACGACAAACUACGUGACAAUUUGAUUGAAAGUAACCACGAAUAG